AGGGUGCUUCUUAUUAUUCAAGGGUUAAGAGCGAAGAGUGAAAAAAAAUGUCACCUUUUUUACCUUAUUUUGUGAAUAUGACACUAAACCUGUUUUGUCCAAGGUGAUUUUUCGUUCGAUUUGGUGCGAAAAAGUUGUAUUUAGACAAAUAAUCGUUCGUUUGUUUGUUUUCUAGAUUUCAUCAUACAAUUCUGCAAUUUUAUGAAAAUCGUAGUUACCUGCUACGAACAACUAUCAAACAUGAAUAAUUCAAAAUCGUUUAUGACAGCACAACACAGGAAUGAAAACGGCUGACUGAAAAUUAUCCAAAACAAAGAAUACACUUCAAUGCUAAUUAUUGAAUCUUAUUUAUUAACAUGAAAAAGAAGGUGCUGUUUUUUAUGGUUUCAUUUUUUGCCCGAAAAUCCAUCACGAACAGCAAAAAGUCUAGUCCCAACAAAACCACAACACAAAUGAGCUCAGAGACUUUUUAAAAACAAAUUUUCGUUGUCGUUCGCCGGCAGCCAAAAAUCCAAGAUGGCGUCUCACAGAAUACAGGGUGACAAGAAACUGGAGGAUCUCCCGGAAGAAAUUUGGUGUCGCUAUUGCAAUGGAAUCUUUGAGGACCCUAGAUUACUCCCGUGCUUGCAUUCCUUGUGUAAAAAAUGCUUAAAAGAUAUUGAACAGGCCCAAGAGGGGGCUAUUGCUUGUCCAGUGUGCUUAACGGAUGUAGAAUGUCAUCUUGAAGAGUUGUUGCCAAACGUCCUGGCGCGAAGUAAACUCAAGGAGAGGGAAAACAGAGAGCUUGCAAAGCGUGCGGAACCUUGCGGUGGAUGUGAGGCGAAACACAACAUGGCGACAAGUCGGUGCAUAGAGUGUGAGGAGUUUCUGUGUUACGAGUGUAUACAAGCACACAAACGAGUAAAAUUUACUAAAGACCAUACUAUUCUUUCACUUCAAGAAUUGUCGGAACGGGAGAACCCUUCCAAGAGAAAACAAACAGAUGAGAUUUGCUGCCAUAUACACGAGAGUAACCCAUUGAAUAGAUUUUGUGUUGAGUGUGACUUAGCUGUGUGUAGUUCGUGUAUUAAGGAAUCUCAUACAUCAGUAAAAAGCCAUACUAUUAUCAACACUAAGGAUGCUUUCGACACAGCAAAGGUGGAACUACGCGAAACACUUAGCAGCACGCGUAAAAAAAUCCCUGUUCUUCAAAAAAGUGUUUAUGAGAUUAUAAAAAGGUACGGCCGCGUUCAAACGAAGGCUGAGGAGAUCACGUGGAAAAUUCGUCAGACCUCGCGCCAUUUGAUUCAAGCAGUUAAGGAGCGAGAGCACCAACUAUUACGAGAGUUAUGCGCGCUGAGAGAACGCCGGAGCAACGGGCUUGUCAAAGAAAAGGAAACGAUGGAGAGAAAACUUGUCCGUACAAUAGACGGCUGUGAUUUUACGGACUCGGUUCUUAAAGAGGGCAAAGAAGGGGAAGUUUUGCUCGUGAAAAAAGUUUGUACAGAGCGCCUAGAGAUGUUGCAAUGUGAGGAUACGGAGUGCCAGCUAGAUAAAGUCAAGUUGACUUUCGAACCGGAAGAGGAACCAAUAUUUCGCGCCAUCAAACAAGGCUUUGGUAGGAUACUUGUACUCAACGCGCCACCUGCUACCGGAAGUGAAGUCACUACAGGUAUUGAUGAGCCAGACAGACCGGUUGCUUCCGGUACGGAGGGUGACAUACGUGGUAGUACCCAGUCUCUUGACGACGUUGCGGAGCCGAGAAGGCUUGGUGAGAGCGCUAAGCAUGUCUCAUUUAGUGAGCCUAUAUUGCACCUUAUGGACGAAGAUUUAAAAAGUUCAACUGCUGCAAAACCGGAAAAGUCACGCUCGCGGCGCUUAAGCCUGCCGAUGUUCAUGGGUAAGAAACCCGCACAGCCUGUUGGGAAGGCGACAAGGACUAAAUUCACCUUAACCACCGCUGACCACAAAGGUCAGCGGAAAGACGUCCAAAUUCAGCUCGAGUCCCCGGAUGGUAGUGUAAUAUCUGCGCAUGUGCUAGACAACAAGGAUGGAACGUACACAGUGUUUUACUGUCCCCGUACCCCUGGGGAGCACAACGUGUAUGUUAGUAUUUCCGGAAGUGACAUCAAGCAUGGUCAGCGGUUGUUAAAUAUUUAUGGUUCGUCACGUGGUAUGCGGGGCGAUGAGCUAGCGCUGGCGUGUAAGGUGCUCUGUCUUCUAAGGUGGCAGAUAACCCCUGGACUUAUACAGAUGAAGAAUAACAAGCCUGUUGCGAAUCCAAAAAUACGUUUUGAUGACAUUGGGGGACCCCCCUUAGAAGUGGCGACCGCUGCUUCUUCUCAGUUGUCACUAAGUUCACCACAGCCGGGAGUUUCUAGUGCGUAGCCCCUGUCCCUGCACCCCCCUGAUCUCCCUUCUUUCCUGUAGCGGAUCUACAGGGGGGGUUAUUUUGUGCCUAGUACUUGUACCUGCACCCCCCUGAUCUCCCUCCUUGCUUAGUAUACAUCCCAAAAGCGGAUCUACCGGAGGGGGUACUUUUUUGUAUCGCGAAUAUUUUUUUACUACCCUUUUAUUUAUAUUUGGUGAGGUUUCAAAAGUGCACAUCUUGCCUGUCGCAGAAACAGAUUGAAAAUUUACGCGGGUCGUUUUAAAGUAUUUUUUGAUCAAAACACGCAAAUGUUUGCUGUGGUUUGCAAUGUGUUAACGUCCCGAAGUUUCAAAAUAAUGAAAAUUAUAAAGCCAAUCCCUCCUUAGCAAAAAGCUGGAUCGGUCUAGCAAAUAAUUUAUGGUAUUUGUAAUGUGUUCCCCUUUUUAUGUGAUUUAGGUAGCCCUUAGCCUUUUAGCCCUAGAAACGUUUAAUGGCCUGUCAUGGGUUGCAGAACGCCCAAAGAUAUCCCGAUGCUCGCUCGGCACUUCGUGCAUAUCUCGUCGGCAUUUCGAGCGGUCAAACCGAUGACAGCUGUUGGGCAACGACUUUAAAGCCCACGUCUCUAAAUAAGUGUCGCUCAAUUUACACAAUCAGGCAAACCAACCCCACCCCUCCUAGGCGUGAAUGUAGGGGGUGGUUGACGGGUCUACACAUGCAGAAAACGGCAACACAGUUUUUUUCUUAAUAAUAACUUUAUAACUUGAGUUUUUGUCUAAUUUGCUUUAUUCAUAUUUUAUUGUAAUAUCACGCUGUACUUACUAAAAAUAUUUUUCUAGGAAAUAUUAUCAUUUCUUUACAAAUCAACGACUUUAACUCAACAAGCAAUAGCUCCAGAGGCCUCACUAUCAUCAGCUUUACGUCAUUUUGGUCUCUGAUUUAACAGGGCCGUAGCAGGGGGUGGGGCCCUGGGGGUACAUGCCCCCCCCCCCCAAUAUUUUGAAAAGUUAUAAGGAAUGGAAAUGACCAGUAGGGGCGUGGCUGUGCCCCUCAAUAUUUUAUUAAUGUUUCUGUAUUGUGCCCCCAAUCUUAUGUGGCCUGAUACGGCUAUGUUUGAAAGAAUUCGUGAGACUCAAUUCAGACUACUUUAAACUCUGUAGAACGGUAGUAGGGUGUUAGAGAAUGUCUUGAAAAAUAAGACUUUGUUAAUAAUAUUUGAUACAAAUUCAUUAAUUUAAUAGCUUAUAAAAGACAAGUACGGUAUGGGAAACGUUUUUGUUACUGGUAUUUGAUACAAAUUCAUAAGUUAUUUCAUAGCUUAUAUUAGACGAAUCCAGUGUGAAAAGACGAGUAAAAACUAUUUUUUUUUUCUGAUUGGAACACCACACAAACGGCUUAUAAGACAAAGCAAGUACAUGCUUUACGAGACUUCCAUAUAUGAACUUGACCUAUACAUACGAAAAUCCUUUGUUACAGUUUGUCCUUCGGGAAAUAAAACACCUUGACACAGUU